AGUUUAAAAGUGCUAAGAAGCAAAAAUAACAGGGAAGAUUGAUACAAAAUGUUUAGUGGUUUUGAAAUUUUAUAUAGGAUGAUCAGGAAAGGCCUCAUUGAGAAAGUGACUUUUAAAUAAAGAUCUGAAAGAAGUAGGAGAGCUAGCUAUGUCAACACAUGAGGGAAGUGUGUGCUGGGCAGAGGAAAUAGCAAAUGCAAAGGUUUGAGGCAGAACUGUGGUUUCUCUGUUCUAGGUCUGUGAUACAGGAGCGGGAGAAGGAGGGAAAGUAGACCAGGAAAUGAAGUGAGAAGAGAUGAGCGAGUGAUGAUCCCUCCUCUUCAGCUAGAAAAAUGACGAUGUUCAGGAACUUAAAACUUCUUCUCUGGAAGAAUUUCAUUUUAAAGUCUCUACGUGGAGCCAAAAAGAUCUUUAAAAGAUCUGUGGGAUCUGGCCAGUCUCCCGAUUCAGCCCCUUCAGUGACUUCCGUUGCACUGGCAGUCAACCAGACCCUUCCCCAGUCUUGCUGGCUUCCUCUCUUCCUUGGGCUCCCAUACUGGUGGUGUUGCCACCUUUCAAUUCCCGGAAUCUGUUCCACCUCCGUGAAGGCAGAAGACUAUGUGUGUUUUGUUCAUACACUGUGCCUGGCACACAGCACAGGCAUCCAAUGGAGGAACAUGGGCAGUAUAGGAGGAGAGUUUAACUUCACUCAGGUGCUGCUGAUGCUACUGCUGGACUCUUAAAUGGCUUGGUGGCCUGGUAUGUGGAGUCUGUCUUCCCAGGGGCUGUAUGGUACACCCAAACCUUGGUACUUCUUUCUCAUGCCCUCCUACUGGUGUGGAGAACCUAUAUCCUUUACGAAUUCAGUGCUGGAGUUGGGGGAUCCUCAGAAAGCUCUGAAAAGCAAGUUCAUUCAGGAAGAGCCUACUGAUUUGAUAAAAGGAAUUGAAAUCCAACAUCUAUACAAGCUGAAAGACUUGUUGCGCCAGAAGUGCCCUGAAGAAAUCAAUUGUGUGCUGCACAUCCUCAGUCUGGAGGACAAACGGGACUCCCGGAGCAGGUUCCUGAGUGGGGGAAUGAGGCACAAGCUCUCCAUUGGCAUCGCCCUCAUCGGCAUCACCCUCAUCGCAGGCUCCAAGGUGCUGAUGCUGGAUGAGCCAACCUCAGGCGUUGACGCCAUCUCCAGGAGGGCCAUCUGGGACCUUCCUCAGCAGCACAAAAGUGACCGCACCAUCCUGCUGACCACCCACUUCAUGGAUGAGGCCAACCUGCUGGGGGACCGCAUCGCCAUCAUGGCCAAGGGGGAGCUGCAGUGCUGCAGGUCAUCUCUGUUCCUGAAGCAGAAAUAUGUAGAGCCAUUCCUCCUGAAAAAGUUAGAGGAGGAGCCCGAGGUCUUUGAUCAGAACUACCUAGUGGCAGCUUCCUUUGAAGACGUGGGGAACCACACCAUAGUGACAGCGCUGUUCAACAACCAGGCAUACCAUUCCACUGCCCUGGCGCUGGCACUGGUGGACAAUGUCCCCUUCAAGUUGCUUUCUGUCAAAGAGAGAUGCAUCAAGACCAAGCAGGUCCAGUUCAUCAGUGGCGUUUAUGUGACUACUUUCUGGCUCUCCGCUCUGCUGUGGGACCUCAUCUCCUUCCUCAUCCCCACUCUGCUGCUGCUGUCACAAGUGAAAAAGGUGAGGCAGUGGAUCGGCUACUCUCCCCAGUUUGAUGUCCUGCUGGACCACAUGACGGACAAGGAGACACUGGUCAUGUACGCCCAGCUCCGGGGCAUCCCCAAGCUCCACAUCAGUGCCUGUGUGGACCAAAUUCUUGAUGAUUUACUCAUGUACACGUACGCCGACAACCUGGUGAAGACCUACAGCGGUGGCAACAAGCGGAAGCUGAGCACCGGCACUGCCUUGCUUGGAGAGCCCACAGUCAUCUUCCUGGACGAGCCGUCCACUGGCAUGGACCCCGUGGCCCGGAGCUUGCUCUGGGGCACCGUUGCGAGGGCCUGCAAGUCUGGCAAGGCCAUUGUCAUCACCUCCCACAGCAUGGAGGACUGUGAGGCCUUGUGCACCUGGCUGGCCAUCAUGGUGCAGGGUCAGUUCAAGUGCCUGGGCAGCCCACAGCACCUCAAGAGCAAGUUUGGCAGUGGCUACUCCCUACGGGCCAAGAUCUGGAGCGACAGGCAGCAGGAGGCCCUGGAAGAGUUCAAGGCAUUCGUGGACCUGACCUUCCCAGGUGUUUGGCAUUUUGGAGCAAGCCAAGAAAAAGUACAUGUUGGAAGACUACUCAGUCAACCAGAUCUCUCUGGAGGACAUCUUCCUGAGCUUCACCUGCCCUGUGCCCCCCAACCAAGGGGAAAACAAACAAGCGAAGGCAGAACCUGCAGGCCCCUUGUUACCCUUUCCACCUCUCUCUCCACCUUCUUCCCAGCCUCCCUCCCUGCCUCCCUCCCAACCUCCCUCCCAGCCUCCCUCUCCACCUCUCACUCCACCUCCCACUCCAUCUUCCUCCCAGCCUUUCUCCCAGCUUUCCUCCCAGCCUCCCUCCUGGCCUCCCACUCCACCUCCCUUCAGGUCUUCCUCCUGGUCUUCCUCCUGGCCUCCCUCCCAGCCUCCCUCACCACUUCCCUCAAAGGCUGUCUUGCUGUAAUAAAGAGUUCCCAGUGCCAGGUUAGCCCAGGUGCACACAGCCUGCCAUGGGCUGCAAGGGUUACAGAGGCAACUUGAGGACCCAGUGAGCUCAGCUUGAGGGUGGAGGGGUGGGGGCAGCUCUCUACCAGAUUUAGGCCACUCACCUUAGAGGCCUGAUGGAGGACCCAGGUGCAUUUCUGUGGAAAAGGAUCCCCUCAAGUCCCACCUGGGUGGCUUUCAGCCUCACUGAGACCUGGCCAUAGAAGCAGCCUCAGAGGAACAACACCUGCCAUGUCCUGUCAGGAGUAUGGAGGCCUGGGGGUGACCAUGGUUGUAAUGAUGCCGUACUUCUGAAGGUAGGAGGAGAGAAGAGAUUGACAAGUUUGCAAACUUAAAGCACCAUUUUUCAAUAUUUGGAUUUGUGGGGCUCCAUUUGUUCUCUGCCCUGGCCCACGCGAAUGUUAGGGGUGAGCCUGUAUAUGGCCCUCCGUCAACCCAUGACAUGGACAUGAUUAUUAUCCCAUUGCCCAGAAGAGUAAGCUGAGACUUAAGAGAUAUCCGGCAACUUUCCAUGGUCAACAGAUGGUAGAGCCAGGAUUCAACUCAGGCAGAAGUUCUCAAAGUGGAGUCUGACCAGAAGCAUCCACAUCAUCCAGAAACUUGUUAGAAAUGCAGAUUCUUAGGCCCCACCCCAAACCCAUUGAAUCAGAAGUCUGGGGGGUGAGGACCAGCAAUCUGUGUUAACAGGUGCUUCUGAUGCAGCUCAGGCAUGAGAAGAACUAAGCUAAGCCUGUGAGCUCAGACCAUCCGGCCUGAGCGCAGAUGGGUGUGGCCGUGUACCUUUGUCACGAGGGCUCUCCUCCGAGAAGUGCCCUGCCCAAUAGCCUUUCUCCCUGCAGCAUGGUCACACCCGCCCCUCUACAAAGCCCCAUUCGGCUUCUCCUUUGCAGGUAGUUCUCUCCCUCCCUUCUCAGCUCAGCUCUGGGAAAGUG